AUGUCGACCAAGAAGGAUAUGCGCAGGUUGGAUCUUGCCAUCCCCUACAUUGAUCCGCCGAAAGACAAGAAUGAGGCCGACAUGUCCAGCGCGAUGUCUAGCACCAUGCCCAUGGCUGCGAUGUUUACCAGGAACAGAAUGAUCGGAUGGGUGUCUUUCGUCUUCUCUCUCCAGAGCUGGCUGGGUGAGACCCCAGACCAGAAGCGAAACGCUUCUACCCCGGCUUAUAUGUCUGUAUUGAUGUCCUUGAUGGCUUUGGUCGUGACCUACUUCCCCAUCUUCCUGCCUCCUCAGACCGCGCGUGACCCCUUCGCCGAAGCUGACGAAGACACCGGCGAGACCAAGCAGUCUCAAAACUACAUCCAUAUACGGAUUCAACAGCGCAAUGGUCGUAAGACCUUGACUACGGUCCAGGGUCUUCCGAAGAAGUUUGACCAGAAGAAGAUCUUGAAGGUGAUCAAGAAGAAGUUCGCCUGCAAUGGCACUAUCGUCAACGACACCGAGAUGGGCGAGGUGAUUCAGCUCCAGGGUGAUCAGCGUAAAGAUGUUCAGGAAUUCUUGACCGACAAGAAGGAAGGUCUCGAGCUGGAUGCCAAGACCAUCAAGGUCCACGGUUUCUAA